AUGGAACUCAACCGAGAACAUUUCCGCGCCAUAAUUUAUUACAACUUUCAGAGACAAUUAUCGCAACGUGUUUUCCGCAACGAAGCGCCACAUCAAUCGACAGUUUCCCGUUGGUAUGGAGAAUUCAAACGUGGACGGGUGAGUCUUAGCGACGAUCCCAGGGUGGGUGCACCAAAAACGGCAGUCACCCAGCAAAACGUCGAUGCUUUGCGCAAACUCAUCAUUGAAGAUAGACAUGUGACAUAUCGCGAGAUUGAGGCGUCCUUGAAGAUCUCAAAGACCUCAAUUCAAAAAAAUUUACAUGAAGAAUUAGGAGUAAGAACAUUAGUUUCUCGUUGGAUACCCCACCUGUUGACUGAAGAGCAGAAAGCAGCCAGGGUAAAUUGGUGUCAAAAAACGCUUGACCGUUUCAAUUCCGGAAACUCAAAAAAUGUGUACAGCAUUGUUAGUGGUGACGAAUCGUGGAUUUACUGUUAUGAACCAGAAAAUAAACGACAGUCGGAUGUUUUGGUGUUCCAAGGUGAAGAAAAGCCAACAAAAGUCAUCCGUUCUCGAAGUGUUUCGAAAAAAAUGGUCGCGACAUUUCUGUCAAAAGAGGAACUUCAAAAAAUCAACACCGAAAGACGAAUCAUCCUCCACCAAAAAACAAGGCAGUAUUUAAUGGAAGAAAACGUGGAAUUAUUGGACCAUCCUCCAUAUAGUCCCGAUCUAAGUCCUAACGAUUUCUUUGCUUUCCCGAAAAUUAAAAACAGAUUAUGUGGUCAAAGGUUUCAGUCAUCAGAAGAAGCAGUUGACGCAUUUAAAAAUGCCGUUUUGGAUCUGCCAGCAAACGAGUGGAAUAAGUGCUUCGAAAAUUGGUUCGAGCGCAUGCAGAUGUGUAUUAAUCUUCGUGGAGAAUACUUCGAAAAACAAUAAAGUCAUUUAAAACCACCUACCGUGUUGUUUUAUUU